AACAGGCUGUAGCGGUACAAGGCAUCCAUAGCUGUGGAAUCCUGUUGUCUGUAGCGAGUUUGUUGUUUUUUUUUUUUUUUUUUUUUUUUAAACCGAAUCAUUGCACAUAUUUAAGUGCCUUUGAAUGCAACAUGAAGCCGCAACUGAUAGGGACCAAAAAGCGUCCCCUUGCGUUAAAAGCAGCCGGAGCCGAGGCUGCGCAGUCCCUGCAAGAGGAGCUUGUUGCAGCAAUACAUGGAGCAUUUGAAGUGGCUGUGGAGAUCGCAGUUCACGAGGUGACCAAGCUGUUAGGUCAGACAACAGGAGUCGUCUAUGAGGAGAUGCGAAGGGAGAACGAGUCCCUGAAACAAAGACUGCAGAGAGCUGAAGCUAUGCUGGACUCUGCGCGCAGGGAGGACAGAGAAGGAAGCUCUCCUCUUCCUUCAGAGCAGCCCCCCGAUGGCUCCAACCACACAGACCGGCCGCACCACCUUAAAUACACUCAAAUAAGCCCGAGUCCAGAAAUGGGCAAUGUGCACGGUUGCACGGGGGUCAGAGGUGACACUCCCCCUGCAGGUCAGCGCCGUGCAGAGCAGCCUCAUACACAGGAAGAGCAGACAUCGGGCGAUGAUGUGAUGACACAGCAUGUCAGUGAUGCUGCUUCAGACCCAGAGGAAAGUAGUGGAUUUGCUGUUGCUUGUGAUGCCUUGGCUAUAGAAGUCAGUGAAGAGAUGUCUCGUGUGUGUGUGGUGAUGGUAGAAAACAUUAACCAGCCUUGUCAAGACCUGGCAGCUCAAGACCGCGACUCACCACUGCUUCCCUGUGGGGAUGACAAGUCCACUUUGGAGCAGUUUACCGUGAAGCAGGAGAAGCCGGAAGAGGACAGAAAUGGUUCAGCCUGCUGUUUAGAUUCAAUUAAAGUGGAGGAUUUUAGCCCUGAGUGUAUGUCAGCAGCCCAGUCCAAAAUGCUGGAGGAGUGGAAACCAGAAUUGCUGGAUAUUUUGAGCCAAGACUCAAACAGUCCUCUGUCCUCCACCAGGUUGGCACAUGCUCAUCCUCCAAACCUGACCACCGACCUCCCUCCACCCACAGAUCAUCCAUCUAUCUCCUCAGAGUUCCCAAACAUCUUCCAGCUGGAAGAACCAGCUCCCAUCUCAGAAGCCCCUCCACAGGUUUAUGGAGUCCAUGUACGGCCCAGCCGCAACCUCGGCAACAACCUCCUCUACACCUGCAAGUCCUGCGGUCAGACAUUCCAGCUGCCCAGCCUGCUGCGGCGGCACUACGGACAGUGCCAGCAGAAGCUUCAGCAGUGUUGUCAGCAGCCCGUAGAGGGAAGCAGGAGGACCAGACUGCAGCUGUUCCCGCCGGGAUGCAGCCCCUUCCGCUGCACGGUCUGCAACCGAGAGUUCAACCGCAUGGAGAACCUCAAGACUCACCUUCGCAUCCACACGGGAGAGAGGCCGUACACCUGCUCGGUCUGCUCCAAGUGUUUCCGUCACUCUGGGGCAUUAACCAGGCACUUUCGUAUCCAUACCGGAGAGAAACCUUACAUCUGCGGACUGUGUGGGAAGUCUUUCCGAAAUUGUGGGGGGCUUAAAUUCCACCAGCGGUCCCACAGCAAGCAGCUACAGUAGACUCCAACAUCCAAACUUGAAUUUAUGAAUUUCUACAGUGUGGCUUUACAGACAAAUUGUCUGGACAAACGUGAUAUAUCCCUUAUGUAACAAACAUGAUAUAUCCAUUACUGUAUGUGCACCUGAUAGACAGCCUGUGAGGACCUCAAGAGCUGUGCUAGAAAAAGUUUGUCUUUUAGAUUACAGUUACAGACAUAGCAAGGUCUCUCCUGUCUGUACUGUUUCACCUCUUUGUACCAGGUCUUCCCUUUGAAAUCGCAGGUAUUGUUUUUAAGAGCUGUCACCCAGAAAGCAGCAUCUCAACAAGUUAUAGGAACAGUCAAGUGUAUUGAAUUGAGGUCAAACCAUAAAUUAUACUGAGACAAUCUGUUUUAUUUCAGUGUUGAUGUUCUCUAAAUCAGUGUCUACAAUAGACCAAGUAGAAAGACAAAGUAUAGAUACUGUGGCUGUGUGAUCAGUACGUCAACCAUUUUGCUAUGUACUGUGUAUGAUGGCUCAGUAGUGCUUUCACUAUAUGAAACGUGUGGAAAUUGUCAGUGUAUCUCCAAGUGCCAGUUAAAUGAUGGUUAUUAAAGAAAAUCUGUUUGUUGGGCUCACCUGGCAGAGCUGGCGCCCCGUGUACCGAGGCUGAGUCCUUGCUGCAGCGGCCAAGGGUUUGAGUCUGACCUGUAGCCCUUUGCUGCGUGUCAUCCCCUCUCUCCCUUUUCUGAGUAUCUUCAGCUGUCCUAUCUUAUAAAAGCCCCAAAACAUAUUUUAAAAAAAAAAAAGAAGAAGAAGAAAGAAAAUCAGUUUGUGGUUCUUAUUUAUGAUAAUCUUGUUUUUGUAACUAUUUGUUUGUGUGCAUAAUAUAAUUAAAUAUGCAUCUUAUUCAUAGUUUAAUUGAUGUUUAUUUUAAUGUGUGACUUAGUCAGGAGUGGAAAGUAACAACGCACUCAGGUAGAGUCAGUGAUACCAGAAGAUGCAUCCAGGUCCAGAUCAACAACAGCUUCUCCAGAGUCCCAGUCCACCUGAGCUCAGAGCCAAGAUCAGAGAUCAGAGGAGGAAAGAUGACUUGGAGGCCUUCAGAUUGCCAGUAGGGGGCGACAAAGAUCAUCCAUUACUACACAAGCCAGUCACUAACAGAGGUUCCUGAAAUCUGCUACUUUUACCCAUCCACACAAUAACCACUUAAAUAUACUGUAAAGACUUUGGCGAGCAGAAUAAUAAUAUAUAAGAUGGAUUUAUUUCACACACACACACACACAGUGUGAAUUCAGACACAUCACAUCUUCUCGUGUUAAAAGACCCCGUUGCUGCUGCAUGAUGGAAUUGUUAUAAAAACUUGCUGCAGCUGCUGAACAGUCUCAUUAAGGCUUAAUUAACUAAUUCCAGUGUCCCAAGAGACAGUCUCGUCCCAUUGCACCCUACCUGUUUGUCGACUCAGUAGUUUGAUGGGACACGUUAAUAAGGACAGAGAGGCUGUGUGUAUGUGUGUGUGUCUCUUUAAAUGGCUAAAUGUCCCACUGUGUACUGUGUUUAAGGCUUGUGAACUUCACAGUACAAUACAGGUCAUCAAAGAUUCUGCAA